CGUAAUAUCGAUAAUCGAAGAAAAUCGAUGUGUAUUUUAAGGGAAACGUUAUAUAUUAUGACAAACAAAAUAUGGACACAAAAUACAGAUAUUAUAACCUAAUAACAUUCAAUUACGUCUGAAAUAGUUUUUGUAACAUAUACAGCUAAGUAUUAUUCUCGUAUUGCAUGGGAAAUAUUAUCUCGUGAAGAAAGAGUUUUAUCAGUACGUGGUAUGAUAAAGUUCGAGUGUUUUGUAAAUAAAAUAUUUCUUGCAAAGGAUAGAUGUGCAUAUUUUUUUUUCGGUAAUGCAGUUACACUUCGCUUUGUAUAACCUGAAGUUUCAGCAUUUUGCGCGGGAUUUUCUAAUAUAGAAUAAUACUGUAUAGUUAAUAUUUUCAUUUCGAAUACAGCUAUUUAUAUAGAAAUAAUGAAAUCUAGCAAAAGCCAUGGAAGUACUGUCUUAUGGGGAGAAUUGCCUCCUAGAGAAACUUUGAAACAAGAAGUAAUUACACCAGAUAUUAUAGAAAAUGUUUGGAGACAAGUUAUGGAUGAAGCAAAUAAUACUGAUUGCGAUUAUCAGAUCGAUCGACAACCAGAAUAUAUACAGCUUCCUAUAGGAAACUUUCAUGUAUUAAAUACUAUAAACUUUCAUCAACAACUGAGAAUGAUGGAUGAAGGAACAGUAUUGGGAAAUUUAUCUGUGAUUGAAGCAGAGAAUUGUCAAGAAGAAUCUAAAAUACCAUGUAAUCUUUUCCGAUUUUUAUCUGCAGAUGUUGAAACAGACACAUUCAAGAAUUCCUCUACUGUUCAUCAUUUAACGUCAGAAACAGCGCAUAAUUUGUUAAAACAUGCUGUAAUCGUUUUAUUAGCUCACAUGGGUUUUGAAUAUUCAUCAGAUUUAGCUAUAGAAACGCUUACUGACAUUGCUGAUCAUUUUUUGAAAAGAAUGACACUUCUAUUGAAAGUAGCAGCUGAACAAAAAGAUCAUGGAUUCCCAGAUGCUAUGGAAAGAGUUUUAUUAGAAACAGGGAUAGGCGGGGUAACAGCUAUACAUGAUUAUUAUCAGGAAUAUAUUUUAAGAUUUGAAGAAAAUAUGAAAAGAAAAGUAGAAACAAUGAUGGAAAAACAAAGAAUAGUUUUGGAUGAAGCAGCUAGUAAGUUGCAAUUAGAUGAAUUAGAUGAAUUUGGUAAUGUUUAUCGAGAAGUACCAACACUUCAAUUAUUAGAUCCAGAUAUGGGAUUUCCACCUAGUCUUGAUGCUGGUUUUCAAAUGCUCUACAGUUUAGAACAAGACGAACUAAACAGUUUGGAAAUAGAGGAAGAAGAAGUAAAUGUAAGCGAUUCUCCAAAUACAGGACGGUCUGAUAUAUCUGCUGACAAAAAAAAUAACAUCCAAAAUAAAUAAAUCAUUUCUUUACGAUUUUUUACUUAACGUUUUAAAAAAAUAAUUAAGAUAAUAUUUAUUAAGAAAAAAAAAAUUGUAAAUAUGGAUUUUUCAUUGUUUUCAUGGAUUU